AUGAGGGAGAUCUUGCGAUUAGUGGACGGGCCGAGGGCAGGACUGUGCAGCGACGUUUUAAUUCUCGUCUAUGGCAACCCCGUCGUUUGCGACUACGACCGCAAGUUAGCCAGGGGCAUUACCUACAAGCCCACCACGGCGGAGCUGAAGGAUGUGGAGGCCGCAUGCAUCGAAAACGUGAAGGGACCUAACGGUAGUGCACUGGUGUUGUAUGAAGCGAACCCCAAGGGAGAAUUUCCAGGUUACGCUCUGUACGAUACACUUCUCCCGGACGACGGGAACCCGUAUAACCGAGAAAAAUGCGGGUCGUUCUUCGAGCCCCAAGAAAAGGCAAACGAAAGCAGAACAUUCAUAUUUAUCAUUGAGUCCGAAACUUGCCACGACGUCUUGUACUACGAUGAUGGGGAAAAUCCAGUGGUUUGCCAACCCCUCGCCUUCGACUACGACCUCGAGUUCGCCACGGGCAUUACAAACUACAAGCCCACCACGGCGGAGCAGAAGGAUGUGGAGGCUGCAUGCAUGGAAAACUUGAAGGGACCUAACGGUAUUCGUACUGCACUGGUGUUGUAUGAAGCGAACCCCAAGGAAGGAUUUCCAGGUUAUGAUCUGUACGAUACACUUCUCCCGGACGACGGGGACCCGUAUAACCAAGAAGAUUGCAGGUCGUUGUUCGAGCCCCAAGAAGAGGCAAACGAAAGCAGAACAUUCAUAUUUAUCAUUCAGUCCGGCACUUGCCACGACGUCUUGUACUACGAGGAUGGGGGAAAAUCCAGUGGUUUGUCUUUAUAUCUUACCAGACAAUACUACCACCAGGCACGUUGCGGCUAA